AUGGGCUCACUUCUCUCUUCCAUCAUCGGCGGCGGCCCCGCCUAUGAAUCAUCAGAAUCCUCCGAUCAUUCCGUCAAAACAUUCCACUCAUCCGCACGCUGGCAGCUCCACUUCAACGAAAUCAAAGACUCUCCUAGUCUCGUUGUGAUAGAUUUCUCUGCUACGUGGUGUGGACCGUGUAAAAUGAUGGAACCGAUUGUUCACGCCAUGGCUAACGAAUUCAGGGACGUUGAAUUCAUCAAGAUCGACGUUGACGAAUUAUCGGAUGUGGCGCAGGAGUUUAAGGUGCAGGCUAUGCCGACGUUUUUGUUGUUGAAGAAUGGGAGAGAGGUUGAUAAGAUUGUUGGUGCGAAAAAAGAUGAACUCAAAAACAAGAUUCAAAAAUAUAGAGCUUAG